AAAGAGCCACCAAAAUUGGAGUAUCAGGCUUAGCAUAUUGGCUGCUAUAAAGCAACAAAAGAUGCCUUCAACCAUUGCACACACCAUUGAAGAUCCAACCUUUCUUUUGCCAAAAAAAAAAAAAAAGAAAAACCCUAUGAACCUAUAAUUGAUGGAUUAUGUCUGGAAAGCUCAAAAACCCAAGCUUCCAAUAACAGUUUUGAUCUUUCAAAAAUGUCCCCAUCAAAACAUACUUCCUGUGAAAAAGUAUGUUUAAUAACCCAAUUUUUGGGCUUUAAUGUUGAAAUAAGUUUGAUAAGGGGGACUCUUCUUUUUUUUCCCCUUUUGUUUUGUAGUAUCAUUUUGGGAUAUCAUUUAAAUAAGAGAAGCCAGAAAAGGAAGCAGGGUCCUCCAUGGACCAUGCUUAAGAUAAUUAUUUAUUUUAUAUCUUCCUUUGCACUUAGUCUUAGGGGGUAUAUUAGAGAUCUCCAUUGCACAUUUGCCUUUAAAGCUUUGGAUUUCGAGGUCUGAUAAAGAGAGAGAGAGAGAGAGAGAGAGAGAGAAGAAGAAGAAGAAGAAGAAGAAAUCCAAGCUCUCUUGCACUUUAUUCUCUUCAAAUUCGAUACUUUGCCCUGUACCUUAAACCAGUUUUUUUGUUUUCAAUAGAGACCAAACUCAAAGAAAGAAAGAAAGAAAAAAGACAAUACAUUAGUCUUUAUCUCUAUCUCUCUCUCUUUUGUGUGUCCUACAUUGUCUUGUUCUAACAUCAAAAUCUCUUAGUUCUCUCUGUUAGUUUCUAUUUCUCCCUUGAGAAUUCUCAAGCAGCAAAGACUUUGCUUGUUCAAAAUAAAACAGUAAUGCAGAUUAAAGACAGGAACUUGUUUUGUUCCCACGCUUGUUUUCUCUUCAUUACCUGAGGGAACAGUGUCACCAUUUCAAAAUUAGCUUACUUUUUUUUUUCUUCUCUCCCAUUAUUUUCAGCAAAAACUAGGAACUUUACCCCUAAAAAAGCCCUGUUUUCAAGAUUUUUUUUUUUUGUACUUUUUCUAUUUGUCUUUGUUUACAUUUUAAUCAAAGGGGGCAGAAGAAACACCUGAGAAAUAAUAUCAUCAAGUGAUAAGUUGAGCCAAAAGAAGCAACUUCACAAAUUCAUAAUUUUAUUGCUUACAAAUCUGGAUUAAAGCUAUAUGAAAAAAGCUGGGAAACAAUGAGAGGUGGGAACUCCAAGAACAGCAAGCUUUCAUGGCCCAAGACAUUGGUGAAGAAAUGGUUCAAUAUCAAGAGUAAAACUGAAGACUUUCAUGCUGAUGAUGUUGAUUAUGGAGGUGUUGAUGAAGAUUGGAGGCACCAAUUCUCAGAGAGGGAAGAGGCAUGCACUGUCAAGAAAAGUAGAACAGAGAGAUUGAGCAAGACGUAUUCGGAUCGACCUCGGCAAGUUAAAACCGAUGUUGACGGAUCGCAGUUAACAGAUGUACAUAAUUAUAGGAUUUUUGUAGCUACUUGGAAUGUGGCUGGAAAAUCUCCUCCUAGUUAUUUGAAUCUUGAAGAUUGGCUUCAUACUUCUCCUCCUGCUGAUAUUUAUGUUCUCGGUUUUCAGGAGAUUGUACCUUUAAAUGCUGGUAAUGUGUUGGGAACUGAAGACAAUGGACCGGCUAGGAAAUGGCUAGCUCUCAUUAGGAAGACACUGAAUAGUCUGCCUGGCAGCAGUGGUUGUUGCCACACGCCUUCACCGAUCCCCGAUCCGCUUGUUGAACUGGAUGCAGACUUUGAAGGAUCGACAAGGCAGAAGACUUCGUCUUUCUUUCACCGCCGAUCGUUUCAAUCCUUGAGCCGUAGCAUGAGAAUGGAUAACGACUUGGCAAUGACACAACCCCAGCUUGAUCGCCGUUUUAGUGUAUGUGAUCGGGUUAUCUUCGGGAAUAGGCCAAGUGAUUAUGAUCCUAAUUUCAAAUGGGGUUCCUCUGAUGAUGAAAAUGGACCUGGGGAUUCACCAGGGAACACUCAGUACUAUUCGCAAUAUUCUCCAAUGUCGUAUGGUGGAUCUUUUGCCAUUGAAGAAAACAACAAACAGAUGGGGCAUUCGAAGUACUGUUUGGUUGCCAGCAAGCAAAUGGUUGGGAUAUUUCUAACCGUAUGGGUGAAGAGUGAUCUUAGAGACGAUGUUCGUAACAUGAAAGUGUCCUGCGUUGGCCGAGGAUUGAUGGGUUAUCUUGGAAACAAGGGUUCCAUUUCUAUUAGCAUGUCUUUGCAUCAAACAAGCUUUUGCUUCGUCUGUAGUCACUUAACAUCCGGGCAAAAGGAGGGUGAUGAGCUGCGACGAAACUCCGAUGUUAUGGAGAUCCUAAGGAAGACAAGGUUUCCCAGGGUUCAUGGUAUGGGAGACGAAACUUCUCCCGAAACGAUUCUCGAGCAUGAUCGUAUUAUAUGGCUCGGGGAUUUGAAUUAUCGAAUAGCUCUGUCAUACAGCUCUGCCAAAGCUCUGGUUGAGAUGCGCAAUUGGAAGGCGCUGUUAGAGAACGACCAGCUUCGGAUAGAGCAGAGGCAAGGCCGUGUUUUUGAGGGGUGGCGUGAAGGAAAGAUAUAUUUCCCCCCUACAUACAAGUAUUCUAAUAAUUCAGACAGAUAUGCUGGGGAGGACAGACGCCCAAAGGAGAAGAGAAGAACUCCUGCAUGGUGCGAUCGUAUACUGUGGUAUGGAAGAGGCCUAUAUCAGCUAUCUUAUGUUCGUGGGGAGUCAAAGUUCUCCGAUCAUAGGCCUGUUUAUAGUGUAUUUUCGGCCAAGGUUGAGUCUAUGAACAUUAGUCGAAUAAGGAAAAACAUGAGUUGUUCCAGCGCCAGGAUUGAGGUGGAAGAGCUAUUGCCACAGUCACACGGAUAUACCGAACUCAGUUUCUUUUGAGAAAAUCUUUAGCAAUCCAUUUUCUGCGAUGUAAGUUAUGGAAAAUGCAACAGGACCAAGUUCACAGUUGUAUAAAGGAUAUCAUGAAGAAACGUGCGAUUCACAUUCACUCGGGAAUUCUAACCCUGGCCUCUUUCUGCAAUAAGUCAGGUGGGCACUGCCCUAUAGAAAAACUAUACGAACCAUGGUGGCUAAAGACAUGCCGUUGUCGGCUAUCCGAGACAAGUAGGUACAGAUUGUAUAUUGUCAAUAAGCACUCCAACUCCUGAAGUUUACAUAUCCAACAAGACAAGUUGUUGAGGGAGAGAUAUAAUGGGGAAUCAAUUGUCAAUUCCUUUUUGUACCAGUUUUGGAAGAUUAAAGCCUGGAGAUAUGAUGGAUAGUCAUUACUAGUGGAUAACAGACAGGUUUUUUUUUUUUUUUUAAAUUGUGAAACCUUCUUUUACUGUUGCUACUAAUCAUUUUUACUGAGAAACAGAAACCAGUUUGGUUGGUUAUCUCAACUGUGUUUUUUUGUCUGAAAAUGUAAUAUUCAGGGGGAGACCUUGGCUUUUCCAAAAGGCAAUGCUUGUAUUGAUAUCUGUGUUUGAAGACAAUAAAGCCUGAAAUUUUACUCCA